AUGUCCAAGAAGAGGACUGAAGCGGACCCCGUGGAAGUUGAGUCUGAGGAGGAGCCGAGGGGCGAAUAUCUCUCGAUGGCAGUGCAGAAGUUUUCCCAGUCCCUCCAGGACUUCCAGUUUGAGUGUAUUGGUGAUGCAGAAACGGACGAUGAGAUUAGCAUUGCUCAGUCACUCAAAGAAUUUGCAAGGCUACUUAUUGCUGUAGAAGAAGAGAGGAGAAGACUGAUUCAGAACGCCAAUGACGUCUUGAUUGCACCUCUGGAGAAAUUCCGGAAAGAGCAGAUUGGGGCGGCCAAAGAUGGAAAGAAGAAGUUCGACAAGGAGAGUGAAAAAUACUACUCUAUUCUCGACAAGCAUUUGAACCUGUCGGCAAAGAAAAAGGAGUCUCAUCUCCAAGAGGCAGACACACAGAUUGACCGAGAACAUCAAAACUUCUACGAGGCGUCCUUAGAAUAUGUCUUUAAGAUUCAAGAAGUUCAGGAAAAGAAGAAGUUCGAGUUUGUUGAGCCGCUCUUGUCAUUCCUGCAGGGCUUGUUCACCUUCUACCAUGAGGGCUACGAGCUCGCCCAGGAAUUCGCCCCGUACAAGCAGCAGCUGCAGUUCAACUUGCAGAAUACAAGGAACAAUUUCGAAAGCACACGACAAGAGGUGGAGCGGCUGAUGCAGAGGAUGAAAUCGGCCAACCGGGACUACAGACCGCCCAGCCCGUGGACCAUGGAAGGCUACCUCUACGUCCAGGAGAAACGACCGCUUGGUUUCACGUGGACCAAACAUUACUGCAUGUAUGACAAGGGAAGCAAAACCUUCACCAUGAGUGUUUCAGAAAUGAAGUCCGGCGGAAAAGUGAACGGCCUUGUGACCAGCUCCCCAGAGAUGUUCAAGUUAAAGUCCUGCAUCCGCCGAAAGACGGACUCGAUUGACAAGCGGUUCUGCUUUGACAUAGAAGUCGUGGAAAGGCAUGGCGUCAUCACGCUGCAGGCCUUCUCUGAAGCCAACCGGAAGCUGUGGCUGGAAGCCAUGGACGGGAAGGAGCCGAUUUACACCCUGCCCGCCAUCAUUAGCAAGAAAGAAGAAAUGUACCUGAACGAAGCCGGCUUCAACUUCGUGAGGAAAUGCAUCCAAGCCGUGGAGACGCGAGGCAUCACCGUCCUCGGCCUGUACCGCAUUGGAGGAGUCAACUCCAAAGUCCAGAAGCUCCUGAGCACCACCUUCUCUCCCAAAUCCCCUCCAGAUAUUGACAUUGAUGUUGAACUGUGGGACAACAAGACGAUCACGAGUGGGCUGAAAAACUACCUCAGGUGCCUGGCUGAGCCGCUGAUGACGUACAAGCUGCACCAGGACUUCAUCCUGGCCGUCAAGUCGGACGACCAGAACUACAGGGUGGAGGCCGUGCACGCCUUGGUACACAAACUGCCCGAGAAGAACAGAGAGAUGCUGGACAUCUUAAUCAAGCACCUGGUCAAGGUGUCGCUGCACAGCCAGCAGAACCUCAUGACCGUCUCCAACCUGGGCGUCAUCUUCGGCCCCACCCUGAUGAGAGCCCAGGAGGAGACGGUGGCCGCCAUGAUGAGCAUCAAGUUCCAGAACAUCGUGGUGGAGAUCCUCAUCGAGCACUACGAGAAGAUCUUCCACUCGGCCCCAGACCCGAACGUGCCUCUCCCCCAGCCCCAGUCUCGAUCCGGGUCCCGCAGGGCGCGCGCCAUCUGCCUGUCCACCGGCCCUCGGAAGCCCCGGGGGCGGUACACGCCGUGCCUGGCUGAGCCCGACAGUGACUCGUACAGCAGCAGCCCGGACAGCACGCCUAUGGGCAGCAUCGAGUCCCUGUCCUCCCACUCCUCCGAACAGAACAGCACGAGCAAGCCGGCCCCCUGCCCGCCCCGGGAGAAGCCCGGAGGGGUCCCCUGGAUCGCCACCCCGUCGCCCUCCAGUGGGCAGAAGAGUCUGGGUCUCUGGACCACCAGCCCCGAAUCGAGCUCUCGCGAAGACGCCGCCAAAACAGACGCCGAGUCGGACAGUCAGAGCGUGGCCUUGGUGGCCAGCCCGGGGGAAGGCUCCCCACCCGCGGACCCCGUCAAGAAGGGCCCCUACGGGCUUCCGGGGCUCCGGAGAACCCCGGGCUGCUCUCUCCGGUCCGUCUCUGCAGCUGAAGGAAACAAGAGCUACAGCGGAUCCGUUCAAAGCUUAACUUCUCUAGGCUCCAAGGAGUCACCCAAAGCCACACCAAACCCAGAGCUGCCCCCCAAAAUGUUCAGGAGGCUAAGGCCAGACACGGCGUCCAGCAAUGGCUACCAGAGGCCUGGCUCAGUAGUGGCAGCAAAGGCGCAGCUGUUUGAGAACGCCGGCUCCGUGAAGGCGGCUUCCUCCGGGCGGCAAGCCAGAGCCAUGUACUCCUGCAAGGCCGAACACAGCCACGAGCUCUCCUUCCCUCAGGGGGCGCUCUUCUCCAACGUGUACCCCUCCGUGGAACCCGGGUGGUUGAAAGCUACCUACGAAGGCAAGACGGGACUCGUCCCCGAGAACUAUGUUGUCUUCCUCUAGUGCUGCUGCCGGAGCCGGCCGCAUCUUCAUGGUAUCCAUGGUAACGAGUAAUAAGCGCGAUGAUUUUAUCUGACACAGAUAGGAGGACCGGCCCACGAAAUGUAAACAGUCAAUUUCUAUCAAGUCCCACACCAGCAGACUGUGUAGCUCCGUUAAUGGAAAAAGGAAAAAACAAUAUGUUUAGAUCACAGCCAUUCUUUUAUGGCUUGUUCUCUGUCUUGUUUUUAAUAACCUGCUUUUUUUUUAUAAUAAGUAAUUUUCUAUGAUGUUUCCUCCAUGACGCUUGUACUCUCAGUUACUGCAUUCAUGUUCAUCGUUAUAUCCCCUAAAAUUCGGAAGCCAGAACUCCGCUGCAUGGAUUUUGAGCUCGGAACUUCCCGGCCUGGUAGUCUCUGGGGAAACUUGGAAUCAGGACUUUAAAGAGUAAUUUAAAUCGUUCAUUUCUUAUUUGUCUGUAAAGAAGUACACUUCUUUUGUAUGUGAUUGUUCUGCUGGUCCUGAACAUUUCAAGGUGAGAGAAGUCUGUGUUCUGAUGUGAGGUGUUCUGUUUGUUUCAAGUCGACGGCGGUGGCCGCAGGUGGGCACGUGUGGCGUCCGGAGAGCCAGGUGGUGGCGGCAUGCUGGAAGCCGCAGGCCGGCCCCGCACAGCUGCUCCGGCUGGGCGGCGGUGGCUCCGUGGUCAGUCCCGAGACUGACGCCCUCCUCCAGAGUUCCCGUGAAACCAUCUUCCUAACUGUGAGAUUUCAUACAGUUUCAUGUUAAAACAGACAUGCUGACGAGUCCUCCGUACACAUCUGCUGGUAACGCCACGGUGACAUCGCACGCGUGGACGCGGAGCGUGGGCGGGCACUCGGUGCGGAGUGCAGGGGACGCCUCCUGGCUGGCGGAGACACCCUUCCACACUCGUGACAGGCCUUUCGAAGGGAAGCCGCCGUGUAGAUCAGCUCUCGGUUAAGACGGAAAAAGCAAUACGGAAGUGCAGGACGCUUGUAUUUGAUGCACAGAGUUGGACGUUGUGCUGUCCCCUCAGGAGUGACAUCCAGAUACGAUUGUCUGCCAUUGAGGUUUUGUCUUUCCUAGGAAUUCCACUGACUUUCUGAGGCGUGGAGUGGAGAUGCAUUUGCUACCCGUUGUUCCUUGGGGACUGCUCACCCGCAGCCCUCCGUGUCAGUAAUUCUAAUAUAUGAUUUCUGUGAGUCCGUC